AUGAUAUAAUUAAUACACAUUACAUAAAUCACAGAUAUCGGGUACAAACCCUAAUGAUGUAAUACUUUGAUUCGGAGAAAAAAACUAUAUUUUUCCGCACGCGAAUUCAAAUUUAGUCGAACACGAACAAUAUUUAAAUUUAAUCCAUGCACCAAAAGAAAGUUAUUUUUUUGCUCAUCAUGUAUUAUAUAUUUCUAUUUGUUUCUUGAUAAUUAAUAAUUGAAGAAGAAAGAAUCUGAUGUCUACUUCCGGUGCAUGUAUGAACUCCGGCGAGUUUCCGACGUUCCGGUUGCUAGUGGUGGAUGAUGAUACGUUUUAUUUAAAUAACUUGGAACAAACACUUAAGAAGUGUCAAUAUGAAGUCACCACGUGUAAUCGAGCAGAGGAUGCAUUGUCAUUGCUGCGCGAUAACAAAAACAACUUUCACUUGGUUAUUAUAGAUGUCCAUAUCCCAGACAUGGAUGGUUUUGAACUUCUUAAGCAUAUUGUUCUGGAGAUGAACCUGCCUGUUCUAAGUUUAGAAAUGCUUAUUUUUUGUACUAUUUGUGUUUGGAUAGUGAUGUCUGCAGAUGAUAGUCGAAGUGUAGCUAUGAAAUGUGUGAUUGACGGUGCACAUUAUUGUCUUAUCAAACCGGUGAGCAUGGAGUCACUACAGAACAUUUGGCAACACAUUGUUCGACAAAAUAAGGACGAGUGGAAGUGCAAGAUUUUGGAUCAAUCAGGAGAUGUGGAACAACCGAAAGAAGUUGAGUAUUCGUGUGUAACUAAUGAAGUGAGGUUGAAAAGCUCAAAGAAGAAAAGGGCAGAGGGAUAUGAAAUGGAAGAAAGGAGUGAUACAACCACAUUGAAGAAGGCACGUACGACUUGGUCAGCAGAACUUCAUAGAAAGUUUUUAGAAGCUGUCGACUUUUAUGGAAUCAACAAGGUAGUUCCCAAGAAAAUUCUGGAACGGAUGAAUGUUGCGGGGCUAAAAAGAGAACAAGUUGCUAGCCAUCUCCAGGUAUAUUUUCCCCAUUUCAAGAAUGUAGUACGCCUAUAUAUCAUGUUUACGAAACCUUUUUUUGGUGAACGAUUUCAUGUAUCUUGCAACAUGUAGUCAGUCGAGAUGUCCCUGACAUCUUCACUAGUUAGUA